AUGUCGGAUAAAAAAACUCAAAAGGUUUCAAAUCCGUUGCUGAAACUUAUGUCAGUAUCAUUCAAAGAGGCUUCCUUGGAUUCCCCAUCAUUCAGAGCUAGUGCAAACUUCUAUCAAGUUCAAGUGGAGUCGCUCGAAAGUUGGAUUGAGAACGUCUCGCGGUUUUACAAACUUAAAUUUUUACCGUCACUAGACGACUUCAAACAGCUCAGCGACACUUUUUUUGCACAGUCACUGCCUCCCUCUGACUACCUCUAUAAUGGGAUUGUAGAGAAUCAGCUUUACACGCCAUCAACGUUAACAGAGUUUCACGAUGACCUUUGCCACCUAUCAAGCAGACUUUUGUUAUUGCUACGUGGUGACCCAGAGUCCUUUCUAUCUAGUUUGGAGAUGAUCUUGACCGCCAUCGUUGAACCUUAUAAGGAAAAGCGCAAAAACUUUGAUUACUACCAGGCUAAGUAUGAUAUGCUUCUGGCCAAAUAUCAAGCUACCAAGGUUCAGGGCCCCCAUAUGGAGCCAUCUAGCAUUCGCGAAGAUGCAUUUCAGUUAUUUGAGGUUCGAAAAAGUUACUUGGCAGUAUCUCUAGACCUGGCGUGGGAAAUAACUAAAUUUCAAGAAUCGCUCGACGAAGCCAUGACCACAGUCGUGAACACUCUCGUAAGGCGUGGUUCCUUGAGAAAUGCAAUCAUGAAUGCGAAAGACAACGACCAGCAGCUCAACUUACUACUGAAACAUCAGCAAUGGCAUAAAGAAAUGAAGAAAAAUAACCUCUCUUCUUCUGAGGACAUGGAGAAAGCGAAAGCGCAAGUUCUAGCAUUUACAAGCAAACAGCUGGAGCCCUCUCGAGAUCUUAAUGAUUACAAUAUCAAGGGUAUCAAUCAUGCCACGUUGCAUCAAAAUAUACAAACUGGCGUGAAGGCCUCAACAGAAAAAGCUGGGUGGCUAUUUAUGAAAACAAUGGUAGGAAAGCCUGUCCGAACAGUGUGGGUGCGGAGGUGGUGUUUUUUGAAAAAUUCUGUUUUUGGCCUCUUUUUACUUUCUCCUGCUCUAACGGCUGUGGAAGAAACCGACAAGUUUGGUGUUCUUUUGAUGAAUGUUCGUUAUGAUCCAAAUGAAGAGCGAAAAUUUUGUUUUGAAGCUCAAAUAGCAGGUGUAGAGCCAGGAAAGAGCCAUGGACGAACAAAUACAGCCGAGCGCAUGUCGCUUGUUUUCCAAGCCGAAACAAUUGAUGACCUUAGGGCAUGGCUAACCGCUUUUGAAGAGGCAAAGAAGAGGGUAUUACUGCUCGAACGCGGUGAUAUUGAAUAUGAACUGGCCUUCUCAAGAGUACCUCCGGUCUUUUAUGAGUUUGCAUGUAGUUCAACAAGCAUUACUGAACAACAAUUGACGUCCUUUGAUGAAGAUGGUCACUAUGGAAAAUCAAUUCUACAGCUGAUGCAGGCUGCCUUUUCAGAAACUGGAAGUAUUAUAUUCCCACACGACUCUCCAUUUCAAAAUCCUCUGAUUAAGACUCCCAUAAUGACAAAACUUACUAAGUUGAGCAUUAUUUCAAACUUUUUUCUGACCAAUGACGGGGUUCCCAACGCGAUAAUGGCAAAUUAUUGGGGCAGUGUUAACUGGAGUGAAUACUGCUAUAACAUCAAAAAAGAAACUCAAAUGGAAUUCAAUCCAUUGAAAGAUGUUCCCUUGUAUAAUCUUUGCCCUGAAAUGGACCCAACGUCACCAAUUUGGAGCCCUAUUUCUUAUCCGGAUUUUUAUCCCCGGGAUAUGCGUAAUAGGGAUCUUCAAUUUAAAAGCCUGUUUUUCUCCAGUGCUGACUUGCGGAAUCAAGAUGAGUUUAAGGAACUACUACUUUUAUCAUUCCCGUGCUCAUGGUCUCCCAAUACAAAGCAAGGGUUUUCUGGGAUGUGUUUCGUAACAUUAAGAAACAUAUAUUUUUACAUGAACUCCAUGGGAUUUAUAUGUCUCCUAGCUCGAAGCUUGACGGAGUUCGUAGCUGUCGAAGAGGUUAAAAAAGCUAAUGAUACCAAUGCAAUGGCUGUAAUGAAACUUCAUGAUACUCAUGAGCAUUCAAUGACUAUUUCAAUCUUUUUUGAUGAUCCUAACCUAGUUUACGCCAAGCUCAAAAGUUUAAUACAAAAUGGAACCAUAGACCGUGUUAGAAACGAAAAGGAAAUGCUUCAUGUGUUUGAAGGUCUCGAUAAAGAUUAUGCAUCACAAAAUCAAGAUGAAAAAGUGGUGGAUGAAAAUGCCGGCUAUCAAAAAUCCAGAAACCUUGACGGACUAUUUCGAGGAAUGGAUCAGUCUUUUUACGAGCUGACAAAACGUCAAUUAGGAUUCCAGAAUAACUUCAAAUCGGUAUUUAAGGCUGAUUUUAACAUUCCCCCCAGGGGCUUGAUGCACGUACUUUUUGGAGGUAAAUCAAAUCUCUUUCCGCGAAGCUUCCUUUUGGCUCAAGACUCUCCUUCGGGUAACACGGCACCUGCUUGGUACGUCAAGGAAAAGGAUAGUUUUAAUGAGGCAUUUAGAAUGAUACGUGUUAAGGUAGAUCCAACCCAAGGCUUUUUUUCUUCUGCGGCAAACGAAGAUGGCUCUAAUGAUGAUCCCCUUUCCUUGAAUGUGUUGCAGUCAAUCAAAAUGGUCAACGAAAAUCUAUACUACGAAGUUGACCAACAAACUGCGAAAUUGAAAAUUCCAUUAGCCAAGCCCUUCAGUGUACGAUCGAAACUAAUACUCAUUUCAAGACUUGACACCAGAGACAACCAAAAUCAGGGAAAAGGCGUAGGAACUUCUUCCCUGUAUCACUACUAUGAUGUAACUUUUUUCGAUGGAAAGCAGUCAGCUUCAAAUGAACAAUUGAACAUAUUUGAUAAAAUGGCCGAGAAUCUGGUGUUGCGGUUUAUGUACUAUGAGCAUCAAUUACUUCGCCAACUCAUUCAACAAUAUCUCGAUAAAAUUGGAAAACACGGCAGAGUUUUGAAAGCCAUCCGCCUCUGCGGUCAGCUAAUAUUGGUGGAUGACAAGCAAAAAUACCCCGACAUGAACAGCGGUGAAGUUGCAACAUAUUCGAGGAGCUCUUUGUUGAGGUUCGUAAUGAAGUGCACGCUAUUCUAUACGGUCAACAUCAUCUUUGCACUUCUAAGGCUGUCUUUCCACCUGCUUCAUGCUAUAUUAACCAACGUGGUGGCUCUCAACAGGUUUCUCCUGCUGGGGCUCUUACUGUCGCUUGUUGCAAACCUCUUGCUGGCAGGCCGUUCGUCCUGGAAUUACUGGUCCGUAAGACACGCAGAAAACCUUUUCAGAAGCUACCUGGAUGGCGACCAAGAGCCCAUGAAGAGAGCACUAUACAUAGAGGACCUGGAUUUGAUGACGGAGGCGCUGACCAGCGGGAAUGGCCAAUGCUUCGAGAAGUUCAUGACAUCCGACCACGACAUCGAAAGCAGAUACCGCACUACGCGCCACCAAAUAGCUUUGAAGCGUAACGAGCUACUCGUGGAGCUCAAAAUUCUUAACACCAUGGAAAAAGGUAUGGUCCAUGGCGAUUACCUAGCAUUCUUGUCUGCUGAAAUACAAAAUUGUGUCUCGGUCGAGCAAGACAUGCAGGAAACUUGGAACCAAGACGCACAUCUUAGAUUGCAUUGCGACAAGUGCCGCCAUGAGCUUAAGAGGGUCCAACAACUACUAUGA